CCAAGCAAACCUCGCAGCCGCCGGCCCCACCCGGCACCUGCCUCCUCCUAGAGGGCCCCGCCCUAGCCCCGCCCCCUCAGCCCGGGAAGCGGCAGCCGGCGAAAGCUCUUGCUUGCCUGCCUGCGAGUUAUUUGCAAGGAUCUUGUUGAUAGUGCUGCUGCGGCUGCUCCUACAGCUACAGAAGGAGGACCUGCCAUGGGGAGAGUGCAAGGAGGGAUGCGCUGUAUCAAGCUCCUGCUCUUCAUUUUCAACUUCAUAUUUUGGUUGGCAGGCACAGCUGUUGUCGCAUUUGGGCUAUGGCUGCGGUUUGGAGGAGUAAUAAGAGAUUUAGCAACUGAUGAAAAAUCCCCACAAUACUUUUAUAUGGGACUAUAUGUGCUGAUAGGAGCCGGUGUAUUGAUGAUUACAGUGGGAUUUUUUGGAUGUUGUGGAGCUGCACGGGAAUCUCAGUGCCUGCUUGGAGCAUUCUUCACAUGCUUAUUGGUGAUUUUUGCUGCUGAAGUCACUGCAGGAGUUUUCGCUUUCAUUGGCAAGAAAGUGGCUGUCCAGGAAGUCCAGAGCAUCUAUAAUGAAGCUUACGAAAACUACAUCACUGAUGCUGGGAAAGGCAACAAAACUCUCAUCCAAUUCCACGAUGCACUUCAAUGCUGUGGGAAAGACAGUGACGCUCAAGUGAAGGCCACCUGUCCAAAAGACCUGGAACAAUCCAAAAAUUGCAUCGAUGAAAUUGAGCAUCUCAUUCACUCGAAGCUUCAUUUAGUUGGCAUUGUUGGGAUUGGAAUUGCUGGAAUCACAAUCUUUGGCAUGAUCUUCAGCAUGGUCCUUUGCUGUGCAAUCCGGAACACAAGAGACAUGCUCUAGAACUCUUGCUGUAUAACAUUUUACUUUCACACCAGGGACUGGAGAGCUUCUGGAUGGAACUCUGCAAGAAGCACUUGCCUGCUCAGCCUAACAACUAUAAUCCAUUUUAAUUUGUGGUGUUAACCAACUGACAGAGAAAAGGGGAUGUUUGGUAUGCCUGAGAGUUUGCAUCAUUUGCAUUUUAAAAUUUAGGUCAAAGAAAUCUGACUAAAUAGGAUGUGUUUACAAUGCCUUUUUCUUAAGAAAAAAGGGGAAUGGCAGCAUCUAAGAUGAAAUUUUAUAUGAAAUAUGACUUUGCACCUGUGUGCAGAUGAACAGUGCCUGUAUCUCCAUAUUCAAGUACAUGUGCGUUUGUUUUGGCACACAGAUGUGUGUGGUGCAGCUGCACAGAUAUCUGUAUAUACGGUACUCCAUAUGAUUGUGUGUGUGGUUUGUGGCUGUCUGUAUCUGCAUGCAUAUUCCUUCCAUAUAUACACUUGGGUGCAUACUCAGAUUACCCAGGCUAAAGCCCUUUCCAAGUGGACUCCUGUUUGCUGUUCAACUGUGGAGAAGCAAAUGACUUUUGAAAAACAAAAAGUUUGGUCUGGUUCUUUAUCCAGUCUCUGCAGUGCUCAAAGUAAACUGGAUUUAACUAGUUGGAUUGGAGGGAAUGGGGAAAGACACACUGCUCAGAUCUGUUCCUGAGCAGUUCUUCUCAUUGGGAGAUUUCUGUUGGUUUGCCAAGUGAAGCAUUGUUUACAGGGAGGGUCUUAUUUUGACCACUAGAGGCCCCAUAGGGAACCAGCAGGUUCAUACACAGGAAGGUAGUAAUACAAGCGAGUACCAUAACACCAAAUUAAGGGAAAUCUAUUAAUAAAUCAAUAGAUUAAAAAAGGGAGAGAGAGAAAAAGAGCCUGUUGUGGAAAUUAUAUAACCAUGUUUUUGAAUAGGAUCUCUCUUUUUAAAAUCAGAUUUUUCCUGAUCUUGUUUAAUCUUGCUCAAAAAAUUGGUUUUCUGUAUUGUCAUCAAAGCUGCAUUAUGGGUAAAACCUGUUAAAAUUACACUGUAUGCUUAAAAUACCUCAGCAGUGAGUUUACAGUUGAUCUGUGCUUUUUAUCAUCAUCAUCAUUAUUAUUAUUAUUAUUAUUAUUUUAAUUUCUUUCUAUUAAAAUGUUCUUCAGAAGGUAAUGCUUAGCCAGUGGGAAAUAGUUUAUGGUGCAAUUCUAGUCCAUUACAAUCAAUGGGAUCUUGCCAUUGAGUUCAAUGGAAGGUGCACCCACAGAACUUUUAUAUAUCUAGCCUAUUUCUGUCAAGCUGUCAUUUUGGGAGUCAGGUAAGGGCCUCUGUUCUUCUCGUCCUGUUCAGGCAUUCACAGAACGCUGCUGAAUACACUUAGAGAGCUUUGAAUGAGUCAGAUGUCCCGCCCCCUGCUGCCCGCCAUUCACUCUCCCAGCCCCACUCUUCAAAUUACUGCAGAGUUUGUCUCAAGAGCCCCCAGUCUCCCAAUCACGCUUACAUGUUUGUUUCUUCAGAUCACAUGAUCUCCAAUCACAUGAUCAUGCAAUCACACUUACAGCAUUCGUCUCUUCAAACAAACACUGCAGUAAGUGUGAAAUGCAGGAAGGGUGAGUGACAGAUGGGUUGGGGCUUCUGACCCGUUUCAAGCCCUGUAAGCAUGUUCAGCAGCAUUCUCCUGAAUGCCUGAACAGGGCAUCUGUCUUUUUCUGAUUCAGGUUGUUAUGUUUUGAAUGGGAAUGGGCGAUUUAACAGAAUAUGUCCGCGGGAGAGCCCUGGCUUACUAAUACAUGGUAUUCCAUGUAUAUUCCUUGUACAUGAGCCUUUAUUCCAUCAAAACAUAUUAAAAAAUAGAUGAGCGCUCAGGGAAAUCUUGCUGUAUUGGGGCCUUCUUUUGAAGUUCAGUAUGCACCCAAGAGUGUUUAUGUGUAUGUGUGCAUGUAUGUCAGAGAGAGAGAGAAACCCCAAGCUGUGUGCAGUCUUCUCCUUCCACAAUGUAAUGCUCCCCUUACCUACAUCCCAAAUGGUUUCAAUUACACCACUUUUUUUUGCCUGUGCUGCUUGGCCCAUAUUGGGUAAUCAGGCCCACAAAAACACCUUUCACAUGAUGGGAGCCAAGUCCAGCAGCCCAAAAUGGCCUACCCUCCUAUAGUUGUAGGGAAAGUUCUACACUGUCGCAUUCUGGCAGAUGCAUUUCUCACUGGCCGGAGGAAUUACACCUAUCUCCUUGCUAAUCAGAAAACGUAAAUUCCAGAGCAUAGUCACAGGUUCUGAACCUCUUGUGACCUCCAUGUCACAAGGUCAGAACCUCUUACUUGCUCUAUCUCUGUGAAACAACCUUGUCCUGUGCAGACCUCAUGCCUGCCUGCUGAACACUGCUGAUAACUGAGCUGUGGGUUGCACCCCUAGGGAGGGAUUUGAUAUCCACACAAGCAGGUGGGGCAGUGCACACACGCCCACUGUUAGUGGCAGUGGAACCACAGAGAUGUACACAUAUACGUACAUGACAUUAUUUUAAAUUAAUGGACAUGGGCAUCAGUGUAAUGAUACCAUGUUGGAUUUUGCCUUUUUCGUCACUGAUGCUAUUGGAGUAGCCAAGCCUGGAGAAACCAGUCUUGCUUCCCAAAUGCCAUCUGUUGUUUGCUUCUGUACCUGUAAGUGCCUUUUUGGAGACAGGGCUGAGUGCCAGUGAUAUAAGUAAACUUUUUAUCAGAACUAGACUUGAACUGUAUUUCUUUCUAAUGAAUUCUCAUUUCCCCACAUACCAUUGUGUCUGUGUCUGCACACAUAAUUGUUGUACCUGUACUGGGUUCAUCUACUUUCCAGAAAUAAUAAAAGGAUUUCUUUGGAAGAGCAGGCUAGAAAUCUAAUGACACCAGGUGCAUAUUUUCUAGAUUAUUUCAGUGUCCUAAAACACAGCAUAUAUUUAAAAUCUAUCAGUGCCUUUAAAAACUCCACAACUGUAGCCUUUCCACCUCACCAUGUCAACACCAUAGUUGGAAAACUAUUUCCAACACCAUAUUGAUGGGUGAUCCCUCAAUGCUAAAUAACUUGUGUCUUUAAUGCCAGCCAUUGCUGGCAGACUAUUAUUUAGCUCUGUCUAUCCCCUUCUUACAUUUUGCACUUUUCUAUGGCAUUUUAUUAACAGUAUGCAACCCAUGAGCAUGCUAUCACUCCAUCUCUUUUUGAAUAUGCACUUUCCAAAUCUUGUUCCUUGCCCCUAGACUUUGUUACAUGUGAGUUGGCACACUCACUCAGUUGGCCAUCCAAGACCUCAGUGAGAGUGGUUCACUGCAUGUCAUGAGAACUCCUUCCUCCUUCAGGUUGACUAGACCACCAAUGAUGCUGGCAGUUAGUGAGAGCGGUGCCUAGUGAUAGUCGCUGCUGGAGCAGACAGGUGCCAUGGGUUCCUAUGGGAAAUACACUCCUUGCUUUGUGCUGCUGCUUCUUUGGCAGAAGCGUGACACUUGAUUCACAAACUCUGCUGGGAACUAAGUGCAGUGUCUUUCUAAGAGUGACUAAUGUGAAAAAUGGCCACAGUAGCAACUCAGCAGGUGGAACAGAAAGCAGGCCAUGGGAGAUGGGGAGUUGGUGCGGUCAGAGCCUCCCCAAUGUCUUUAAGAUGUCCCUGCUGGAUAAAGCAGCACUCUCCAAGCUACUAAACAUACCACAUGACCUUCAGCCACUGCUUUCAUGGGCUGUGGAGAAGGCAGUUGCUUGCCUGCCUUCCCCGGCAGAUGAGCGGUGGCUGUUCUUGUCAGACUGUGCCCACACAAGCGGCAGCGCAGAAAGAGAAAGAGCUGGGAGUGGGAGGAAUUCCCCAUCCCACAUUUCAUGGUGCCCCAAGCUACGGGCACGGCAGCUAAUCGCAUAAGAGCAGCCACCACACUGAAUGUGGCCGCUCCAUCCCCCCAGCAUGCUGCCAGAAGUGGCAGCAGGCUGGGGGAAGCCAUUGAUCCCCAUGGCAGUCGUGCACACGAUCACCGACUGAGGUUAAGUGGACCACAGGUCCUGGUGCUUCGAUCCCAGUACUUCACAUGUGCAGCCUAGCCCAGGCUGGGCUGCACCUGUAAACAGCCACAUGGUCUACCUCAGCACCUUGACACUGCGGACUUGCCAAGCAGUGUUAUCCUGCUUUGGUGGGGGAGGAUGGCAAAGAUAAGUCGAGGAUGUUUAAAAAUACAUUUAAUAAGCACUCAUUUGGAGGGAAAGCUUAUCCUUGUGGAGCCAUGGGAACAUUAUGCAUCUAAUAGAUGCCCUGUCCUGUCUAAUGUAAUCAUAGGCAUUCUCAACAGCCAUGGGAAUGACUAUUUCUACUGUGUUCCAGAACUUCCAGUGUCAUUGUAUCUGUUAGGUAGUAAUGCCUGGCCACUCCUGGCUGCCUAUGGGGAUCAGGCAAGCCCUGAUAGAAACAAGACCACGAAACAGCCAUGCCAUAUAAUGGUUGAUGCCUCCUUUACUGACACCCUACUGGAAACCAUUAUUUAAGUGAAAACAUGUUCCUCUUCCAAAGCUGAUUGGUUCCAAAGCUGUUAUCUCUUCCCCUUAAAAGCUACGUUUUAGGGUUUGUGCAGGAAGCUUCAUUCAAAUGUUAGUAGAAAUGUAAAUAAAUAUAAUCCUCCACUCAGUCCUCCUUCCCACUGUGCUUGAUAUCAGACAGCAACAGUGCAUCAAGCUGUUAUCAUGGGAAAGCAAGUAUGUUCAUGUCUAGUCAUUUCCUCUGGCUGUAAAUGUUGUUCUCAAUUGUUCUGUUACUGAGAUAUGUUAUAGUUUGGUCUGCUCUCUGAAUGCAUUUUUAUCACCUUUCCGCUACUGAAGUUGAUGCAGAAAUCUAAUAAAAAAUAAUCUGAAAUAAAAUCUAGUGGGGUAUUUCUUUGUGCUAGCCAACAUCAUAAUUCCCAUUAUAUCUACCAGCUUUCUUUCCCAGAUAUACACGUAGUGUUGGGCAGUAGAAUGGAGUGGGGGCGGAGGCGGGGGGUUGUCUGUGGUUUCAAGCACUAACAGUGCAUUGAGGGUGUGUUGUGAUGUGUGCUGCCAUGACAAGAUGUGUGCAAUAUGUUUUGAUACUAUGUAUUUCACUCUUUUCUGUGUUUUGCAAUUCCACUGUCAGGUUAUUGUCCUGUAAAUCCAAUAUGACCAAA